CAACAUUGCACUGCCACAAUAUAUAUAAAGCGCAUCUUGAAUAAUUUCCAGCAACGUACGAUUGAGAACUAGAGAAGAGCUGAAAUUGUGAAAGUUUACGCUUUAGUGUUUUGCGUUCUUGAAAUACCCGGAGUAACUUACUGACCUUAAUUGACAAUUAGAAGGCGCUUUUAAUAUCAUAGGAUAUGGAUAGCUAUUGUUUGGCAAGAUUUCAUUUUGCGACCGUAAUGCCUUUAAUACUUUUGAUCCUGACCAGAUUGUGCCGGUAUUCUCAAGGAGCAGCAACGGUUGGAUUCGCCGCAGCCCCUUUUGUCCCACAAGCGCCGGUAGUGGUGACCGCUGCACCGGCGCCAGCCGCGCCCACACCGGAACCCGUGAGUUACAUCGGCUUGGGGAAUAGUAUUACGUUAAGCGGUAUCAGUGGUUACGGCGGCGGUUUCGGUGGUGGUUUCGGUGGUUACGGCGGUUACGGUGGAUACGGCGGCGGGGGUAACAGUGUGUGCUGGGGCGGUGUGUGCUACAACAGCGGCAGCUACAACUACGGCCAGAAUGGCUAUUCUGCCGUGCCCUUGACGUGCAAUAGUGGAGCCUGUUUUCCCAACAACGUCAACUUUAACAAUCCGAGCGGUGGAAAUUAUUCGUAUUAUCCCAACAAUAACAAUUACGCUAUCUGCACAACGAAUGGAUUGUGCUUUUUCAGUAAUAACAAUAACAAUGGUCAGUACAAUAAUUAUAAUAGCGGCUCAUCAUCGUCAUCUUCAAGCUCAACAAGUAGUACAAGCACAAACACGGGUGGUACGUGUUUCUUUACUGGAGUCAUUUGUUAUAAUUCCGGCAAAAAGAAAUAAACACAGUACGCUGCCGUUG